CCCUGGGAAGGGAGAACAUCUCUGCUCCACAGUGAUUUGCACUGGGAGAGAGGCAUCAGUUGGCUUCAGACCCAAGGGGGAGACCAGACCAGGUCACCCUGGUUAAAACUAAGUGAGCAUUGCCCUUCCCUAUCCCACCUCUCUCUACCCGGGAAUGUCUCGGCGAAAGCAGCGGAAACCCCAACAGUUAAUCUCGGACUGCGAAGGUCCCAGCGCGUCUGAGAACGGUGAUGCUAGCGAGGAGGAUCACCCCCAAGUCUGUGCCAAGUGCUGCGCACAAUUUACUGACCCAACUGAAUUCCUCACCCACCAGAAUGCAUGUUCUACUGACGCCCCUGUGAUGGUGAUAAUUGGGGGCCAGGAGAACCCCAACAACUCUUCGACCUCUUCUGAACCCCGGCCCGAGGGCCACAGUAGUCCCCAGGUCAUGGAGGCAGAGCACAGCAACCCCCCGGAUUCUGGGUCCACCGUGCCCACUGAUCCCACUUGGGGCCCAGAGCGGAGAGGAGAGGAGUCUGCGGGGCACUUCCUGGUCGCUGCCACAGGUACAGCAGCUGGGGGAGGCGGGGGCCUGAUCUUGGCCAGUCCCAAGCUGGGAGCAACCCCAUUACCUCCAGAAUCCACCCCUGCACCCCCUCCUCCUCCACCUCCUCCUCCGCCCCCAGGUGUAGGCAGUGGCCACUUGAACAUCCCUCUGAUCUUGGAAGAGCUCCGGGUGCUGCAACAGCGGCAGAUCCAUCAGAUGCAGAUGACUGAGCAAAUCUGCCGGCAGGUGCUGCUGCUUGGCUCCUUAGGCCAGACUGUGGGCACCCCUGCCAGUCCCUCUGAGUUACCUGGGACAGGGACUGCCUCCUCCACCAAGCCCCUGCUUCCCCUCUUCAGCCCCAUCAAGCCUGUCCAAACUGGCAAGACACUGGCACCCUCCUCCUCUUCUUCCUCCUCCUCCUCCUCAGGGGCAGAAACGCCCAAGCAGGCUUUCUUCCACCUUUACCAUCCACUGGGGUCACAGCACCCUUUCUCUGCUGGAGGGGUUGGCCGAAGCCACAAACCCACCCCUGCCCCCUCCUCAGCCCUGCCAGGCAGCACAGAUCAGCUGAUUGCCUCACCUCAUCUGGCAUUCCCAGGCACCACAGGACUACUGGCAGCACAGUGUCUUGGAGCAGCCCGAGGCCUCGAGGCUGCUGCCUCCCCAGGGCUCCUGAAGCCAAAGAAUGGAAGUGGUGAGCUGGGCUAUGGGGAAGUGAUGGGGCCCUUGGAGAAGCCCGGUGGACGGCACAAAUGCCGCUUCUGUGCCAAAGUAUUUGGCAGUGACAGUGCCCUGCAGAUCCACCUGCGUUCCCACACAGGUGAGAGGCCCUAUAAGUGUAACGUCUGUGGUAACCGCUUUACCACCCGCGGCAACCUCAAAGUGCAUUUCCACCGGCAUCGUGAGAAGUACCCGCACGUGCAGAUGAACCCUCACCCGGUGCCAGAACACCUAGACUACGUCAUCACCAGCAGCGGCCUGCCCUAUGGUAUGUCUGUGCCACCAGAGAAGGCCGAGGAGGAGGCAGCCAUGCCAGGUGGAGGUGUGGAACGCAAGCCUCUGGUGGCCUCCAGUACAGCACUCAGUGCCACAGAGAGCCUGACGCUGCUCUCCACCAGUGCAGGCACAGCCGCAGCUCCUGCGCUCCCUGCUUUCAAUAAGUUUGUGCUCAUGAAAGCGGUAGAGCCAAAGAGCAAAGCGGAUGAAAAUACUCCUCCAGGGAGUGAGGGCUCGGCCAUCGCGGGGGUGGCAGAAGGUGGCACAGCAACCCGCAUGCAGCUAAGUAAGCUGGUGACUUCGCUACCUAGCUGGGCACUGCUUACCAACCAUUUUAAGUCCACUGGUAGCUUCCCCUUCCCAUAUGUGCUAGAGCCCUUGGGGGCCUCCCCCUCUGAAACAUCGAAGCUGCAGCAACUGGUAGAAAAGAUUGACCGACAAGGAGCCGUGGCAGUGGCCUCUACUGCCGCAGGAGCCCCCACCACCUCUGCCCCUGCAGCUUCAUCCUCAGCCUCAUCUGGACCUAACCAGUGUGUCAUCUGCCUUCGGGUGCUGAGCUGUCCUCGAGCACUACGCCUGCAUUACGGCCAACAUGGAGGUGAGCGGCCCUUCAAAUGCAAAGUGUGUGGCAGAGCUUUCUCCACCCGGGGCAAUCUGCGUGCACAUUUUGUGGGCCACAAGGCCAGUCCAGCUGCCCGGGCCCAGAACUCCUGCCCCAUCUGCCAGAAGAAGUUCACCAAUGCUGUUACUCUGCAGCAGCAUGUUCGGAUGCACCUGGGGGGCCAGAUCCCUAAUGGUGGUACCACACUUCCUGAAGGUGGGGGAGCUGCCCAGAAUGGCUCUGAGCAAUCUACAGUCUCCGGGGCAGGGAGCUUCCCCCAGCAGCCGUCUCAGCAGCCAUCUCCAGAAGAGGAGUUGUCUGAAGAGGAGGAGGAGGACGAGGAAGAAGAGGAAGAUGUCACUGAUGAAGAUUCUCUGGCAGGGAGAGGCUCAGAGAGUGGAGGUGAGAAGGCAAUAUCAGUACGAGGUGAUUCAGAAGAGGCAUCUGGGGCAGAGGAGGAAGUGGGGACAGUGGCGGCAGCAGCCACAGCUGGGAAGGAGAUGGACAGUAAUGAGAAAGCCAUUCAACAGCCUUCUCUGCCACCACCACCACCACCACCUGACAGCCUGGAUCCAGCACAGCCAAUGGAGCAGGGAGGCAGUGAUGUUGCAGGAGGCAUGGAAGAGGGGGGCAAACCAGAGAGGAGCUCAAGCCCACCAUCAGCACUCACCCUAGAAGGGGAAGGCAGCAGCACCCCCUUGGUGGAGGAGCUGAGCAUGCAGGAAGCCAUGAGAAAGGAGCCAGGAGAGAGCAGUAGCAGAAAGGCCUGUGAGGUGUGUGGCCAGACCUUUCCCACUCAGGCAGCUCUGGAGGAGCACCAGAAGACCCACCCCAAGGAGGGGCCGCUCUUCACUUGUGUUUUCUGCAGGCAGGGCUUUCUCGAGCGGGCUACCCUCAAGAAGCAUAUGCUGCUGGCUCACCACCAGAACCAGUACAUAGCUUUCCUGUCAUGUAACCUGCCCACCAAGCCCCAGAGUUCCAGCUCCACCUCCACUACCACUACGGGCCUGGCACCAUCAGUGGUGUUUGGCCCAGGAACUGUGGUCGAAAAGGUGCCUCCAGCAACAGGAUCCAGAGAGGCCGAGGAAAAGAGAGCCCCCCUCUUCCUAUUUCAGCCUCCUACAUCCAAGGCAGUGCCUGAGAAGCCCGUCAUAGAAGAGAAGUAGCAAACUGUACAUUCCUUCUUCCUCCUGCUCCAGAAGGUGCCAGCAAUGAAGAUGCAACAGGAUCUAUAUCUGGUGGCUCAGCCCUAGUGGGUAGGGAGAAAUGAAGGGCAUAGGACACUCUUCCCAGUAAACUCCUUGAUAGCCACAUUAAGGCAAAGGUGUUGGCUGGUCGAUAUGCCAAGACAUCUCCAGCUUCUCAUAUUCCUUCAUCAUGGCAUCUCAAAGUUAAGAAACAAGAAGAUUUCUUGCCAAGAGGUCUCCCAUGGGGUAUUUUGGGAAAUGUGAAGUUCAUAUCUUUAACAAGCAUUGUUGGUGAUGGUAGUUGAAGGAGUAGUGAUGGAGAAUUGUGGAGUGUUGCUAAAGCAUAGGGCUUGCUGGGAACCUGUGUGAUUAAGAAAGGGACAUGAUGGAAGGGACCUCAAAUUCUUGAGUGGAUGGAUCUCAUGAAUGUUCUUUGGACUAAUAGUGACUUAAUGUGCAGCAAUGCACUGUGGAUCAUGGGUGAUUUCCUAGCACUAGUAUGCUUCUAGUUUUAGAUAAUUCCCUCCUUUAUUCCCUGGCCCCUUGUAUUUUCCUUGUAUUUCUCUCAAGGCCAAUUUCCUCCCCAUUUUGCCUGUUUAUGGACCAGGGCUUAUGUCUUUGCCACUGUCUGGUUCUUAGGGUCCCAGACUUUGGGAGAUGAGCUCCAAGUGCUGUCCUCCCUGCCUCUUCGUCUUGUAAUGAGAUGUAGUAUUUACUCUUAACAUAGGAUCAUUUGGAACAGGAGUUCUAAGGAGGAGAGAGUGAGGGUUCUGUAAUUGACAGACUUUAGUGAUGGCUUCUCCAAAGGUGUAGGCUCCAGGGCUUCCUAACAUAGUAAAAUGUGAAGAGCAGACAAGGGAGCUAUUAGUAUCUUUCCCUUUUCAUUAAAAGUGUUUUAACCAAA